AUGGCGUCACCCGUUGAUCCCGGAGAUGAUCUCUUUGAUAGCCUCCGCAAGACCGACCCGAAGAAGCUGGAUGAGCAAGCGAAAGCUAUAGUGGAAAAAGAUGAGGCCCUUCGUUUAAAACAGGAGCAGAGGUUAAGGGAUUUGAUUCAAAGCAAUUCGACGCUGCCAGUCACUAUCUCCUCGAUCCGGCUCGUCGGGGUACGGAAUACAAGAAGAUCCUUUCUUGACCGAAUAUUCAAUCCUAUCAUUGGUGCAAAUCGAGAUACACCAUAUACGCUGUCAGAGGCAUUGCAAGAGGCUGGCUCGGCGGCAGACAAGCUUCGGCGGUUUGAUAUUUACCAUGACGGGAUAUCUAUUUCCGUCGACAAGCCACCUCAGACCGACCCUUCCUCCACCCCAACAGAUAUCGAUAUCUACCUCCAAGCUCGCGAGCGUGGCCGGGUAUCUUUAAAAACCGGAACCGACCUCGGCAAUGUUGAAGGUUCUGCCUACGGAAACCUGCUCUGGCGCAACAUCUUCGGGGGUGCGGAGUCAAUCAAUUUGAAUGCUUCAGCAGGAACGCGUACAAGGUCGGCAUACCAAGCUGUAUUCGACACACCCAUUCUCAGCGACCCCGACAAAAGACUAUCGAUCGAUGUCCUUGCAAGCUCAACACACAAACCAUGGGCCAGCCACGAAGAGGCCUUGAAGGGAGCGGGUGCUAAAUUCAGCUGGGCUACAGGAGGCGGAUCGAGCCACCAGAUUGCCUACACGGGUAUGUGGAGGCAGAUAACUGGCUUAGCGGGGACUGCGUCACCUACUGUGCGAAGUGAUGCUGGUGAUAGUGUCAAAAGCAGCAUAACACAUACUUGGAUACAGGACCAAAGGGACAACCCUUUCAUCCCACAACGUGGAUACCUGCUCAAAACGAUUUCCGAGAUUGCAGGGUGGGGGCCAUUGAGGGGAGAUGUUGCCUUCUGGAAAUCUGAAUUAGAAACGUCCGCAGCAAUACCUAUUCCCGUACCGGGGAUCAAGGGCGAUAGUGGUGUGAGCUUCACAACUGGGCUACGUGCGGGAAUGCUAUAUCCAUUAUCUGUUGGCUUUGGCUCCACACCCCAGCCCUCGAGGAUAAACGAUCGAUUUCAGCUGGGCGGUCCAACGGACGUGCGAGGGUUUAAGAUGGGUGGUUUAGGCCCACGAGACGGAGCCGAUGCCGUAGGAGGAGACAUCUUCGCCGCUGCAUCUGCAAACCUGUUAAUGCCCCUUCCGCGGCUCGGCAAGGAUACCCCGCUGCGAUUUCAGUUGUUCGCAAAUGCGGGUAGACUGCUUGCCCUCAAAGACCGAGGCGACAACACCCAGAAGAGCGUAUAUGACACUGUUGCCCAGCUUGGAGACGGGCUUCCAAGUCUUGCGGCAGGUGUUGGACUCGUGUACGCCCACCCAGUCGCGAGAUUUGAGCUAAAUUUCAGUCUGCCACUCGUCAUGAGGCGAGGGGAAGAGGCGAGGAAAGGCCUGCAGUUUGGCGUGGGGAUUAACUUCCUAUGA